AUCAGUGCAAUCGUGAAGAUUCUUUAGAGAACAUCAAAAAGAAAAAAAAGAACAAAACAAACAUUUAUUCUUUCGCUAAAAAUUAUUUUAGAACAAAAGUGAAAUCUGUGUGUUAUUUCGAAACUGAGUAGAGAUAAUAAAUUCAAUAAAUGUGAAAAUUUUACAUACAUAUGAAUGUAUAUUAUGUAGUGUUUCAGUAAAAAUAGCAAAAUACAAUGGAUAAUUUAUAUGAAAAUUGCUACGAUGCAAACAAAAAACAGUUAAACUUAUCGCAUCGUAAUUUGAGAUGUCUUGACUCUGCCACCAUUGCGUCAUAUGCACAUUGUACUGAAUAUUUAGAUUUAAGUCAUAAUCGUAUUAACAAUUUAAUAUGGCUUUAUGAAUUUCCCCAUUUAAAAUGUCUAAUCAUGGAUGACAAUCGUUUGAGAGAAGCACAUUUUGAAAAACUACAGAGGCCAUUGACCAAUUUACACACUUUAAUGUUAAACAAAAAUGAGUUGAGUGAUUUGAAAUCGACAGCAUGCAUUUUACAGCGUAUUUUUCCCAACGUUGAGUACUUAAGUUUGCAUGGCAAUGCCAUGUGUCCCGACAAUUUAUUACUGCAGCCUUUUUGUGAAUUUGUACCGUAUGAAUACAAUCACUAUAGAACCGUUCUACUGCAUUCAUUGCCAAAUUUAAAAUUUCUUGAUCAUUUUUCUUUGGAUACUGCUGUGCAUUUGAAAACUUCUGCACAAAUUAUUCAACUACAAGAACAACAUCGUCACCAGUCUUUACAACAACAACUUUUGACAUCAACUCCCAAAGAUUUGUGGUCGAAAUUAAAAAGUUUCUUAACAGCCAAUUCAACUAGAACGACAACAGAAUCCUCAACUAUUAGAAACAACAAUUGUGCAGUGUUUUGCGCUUCUUCCCCAUCUGACUCAUCCUAUAGUGGUAUACACUCGGAGGGUAAUCGUUAUAUAACAAAUUCUGAUUUAUAAGGAAAAUGCUGUAUAUUACCGAGAUUUUAAUUUCUAACAAAGAUAAAAGACUUUAAUUAUAUGAAUACUUACUUAAUUUAUUUAACCUUUUUAAAUAAAAUAUUUUUCAUUAAAAUUUUAAAAAAGUAAA